AUGAAACGUCCUCCCGUGCCCGUCCAGCAGCAGCCACCGCCACCAUCGCAGCCGCCACCGUCCGCAUCCGCCGUACACCCGUCCGGACUAGCCGUGGACGAGGCGCUGUCGGCCAUUAUGGCCGGUCGGUCGGCGGUGGGCGCUACAUCGACGGCUGCCCCACCGGGAAGUGCGGCAGCGGCCGCCGCUGCAGCUGCUGCUGCGGCCGCCGCCGCCGCGGCUGCCGGUGUCAUGCUGGACGAUCUCGACCUGGCCACCCAGCGUAAUCUCGCCCUCGCGCGGCUAAAUGCUUCUCCACUGCCGUCGGCCGCCGGCGGUCUGAAUCCAUCCCCUUCCAACGGUAGCUCGGCGGCGGCUGUCGCAGUGGCGGCUGCUGCUGCAGCAGCUGCAGCGGCGGCCGCCAACGGUCCCGACGGUCCCGUCCUGUACGGGCAUCUGUACGGCAAGGAGAUGGGCCUGAUGCGGAAGCUGUCCUCGAUGGACGAUUUCCCGUCGGCAGCCAGCGCCAAUCCAUCGUCGGCCGCCAUGCGCACCUAUCAACAGUUGCUGCAGUCGGAUGGACAUCAUCCAUCGGCGGCUGGUGGAGCCGGCGGUUCCAACUACAACCCAGCGCAGCAACAGCAGCAACAACAACAGCAUCUCCAUGGAAAGUUUAAUGGCGGACAGUUCGGUUACCCAAAUGCGGGCGGUUUGCUGAAACCCUGCUACGACUACGGAACGCCCCAGCAACAUCAACAACAGCAGCAACCGCCCAAUCAACCGCCAGCAAACAAUGGUUCGAACAACGGUGUUGGAACUCCGAUCAAGAAAGAACUUGGCUAUACUGGGGCCGAUCUGUACACACCACCACUGACACCUUCCUCAAUCGGAAGCGGUGGAUCAAACUCUGGACAGGGAGGUCCUCCAGCCGCCACCGCAACAUCAACCGCAUCUUCCACCUCCUGUUCGGGGACGACGGCAGCAGCACUAUCCUUCAUGAACAAUCUGUAUGGUGAUGCUGGACAAGGUGAAUCCUACGCCAAUGGGCCAGCUGGUGGCGCUGGUGGUAAUAGUUGUAUGCGUACCAAUGGCGGCUUAAAGGUGGAACAGCAGGCCACAAUGCUGUCGGCGAUGGGCGGUGGUGGCCGAAGCAGCAGCUCAAUUAUGAAUAGUUUAGCGAAUAGUAGUAGUAGCAGCACCAAGCACGAACCAAAUACACCCAACGAUGGUCAUUCGAUGAGUGGCGGUGGACCCAUGCACCUUCAGCAUCACCUCGGCGCGAGCCAGGGUUCGAUGGGAGGCGGCAAUGCGGUCACGACCAGCGCGUCCCUCGUCAGUGGCGGGAGCAAUGGGGCGGGAAACAGCAACGCGACACCGACACCGAUGAACGGGGCGGGCAGCAGCGAGGACGACCCGGAUAAGCUGUCAUCGCCGCUGACCGGUACCUCGACGCUCACGUCCGACCUGCACGAUCCGGACAACGACAGCAACCCGGACGGGUACACGAUUCUGUAA